AUGCUACCAGCAACUCAAAGGGGCCCCAUGUUUUCGCCCAGAUCCGGCUUCCUGGCUAAAACUAUAAUGCAGAAGUUGGAAUCAAUAGCUCGUCCUACGAGUCAACCAACAUUCUGGCUACGCUAUGCAGAUGACACCUUUGUCAUCAUCAAGAAGCAUCACUUAGACGUCCUCCACAAUAAUUCUACAUUUCCAGGAAUUGAAUUCACAUACGAAAUGGCGGUCGGCGGACAUCUGCCAUUUUUGGAUGUCCUUGUACAUCGAAAUACUGAUGAAUCACUCCGUAAUCAGUUUAUCGUAAAGAAACGUAUUCAAACUUUACCCUACAUUUUGAAAACAACCACCCAAUUUCUCACAAAAGGAGUUCUGUCUACAGCCUCCUAA